AUGAAUGAGACCGGCGAGAUCGUAGGAAUGGUCGACGUGCUCAAGCUCACCUACGCAACACUCGAGCAAAUCAAUACCAUGGCAACAGGAGACUCAGAAGGUCCAGCGUGGAACAAAUUCUGGAUGUCAAUGGACAACGCCGAUUCAGAGUCAAUGAUGUCUGGUGAAGGUAGCCACCGUCCCACCACACCAGGCCACCGAUCCAUGCUCGAGUCCGAACCCGCCCGCCCCACCGUCGAACGCGGCGACAGCGUCAUGCCGCAUGACUCAGCUUCCCACCGUGGUGAUGACGCCCAUUCCGAAGUCCUCCCAUCUCCUGGUCUCCCUACCGAGAACACAGAGGAAACGCCCUUCCCUUUCAAAUUCAAAGCCCCCAGCGGCCGCGUCCACCGCAUCCAAGUCGUCGCCGCAAAUGGCAUCGCCGAGCUCACCGACAAUGUCACCUCCAAACUUGGCGCAGAGAUUGACGCUGUUGGCGGCGAGGUUAUUGUCACGGACGGCCGUCUUGGAAAAGAAGGAUUUGCGCUCAGCUACAUGGACAACGAAGGGGACACCGUAUCCAUCACCACCGACCAGGAUCUUGUUGACGCAAUCACUCUUGCACGACAGGGCAAACGCGACAAGGUUGAUCUAUUCGUGCACGACCCGGCGCAGCCACCACUCAGCGCAACCGUCGAUCCGAGGCCGCAACUACCACCACACCCACCCACGCCGCCGGAGUCGGUACUGAAGGAAGCUGAAGAGGACGUUUCACGUGAGCACUCGCGUGUACGGACAAGGAAGGCUACCGCGCACCAGCAAGAGGAGCAGUUGAUACAAGGCGUGCCAAACGAUCUAUUACUGCCUGGUGCUAUUGUCACGCUGGCAGUUGUGAUUGUGGGCGUGUUUGCUAUCAGUCGGGCUACUUCGAAAUGA